AUGAAAUCAGAAAAGAUCAAAGGUGUGAUGAUUAAAUUGGAUGUUUCAAAGGCAUAUGAUAGAGUUGCUUGGCGAUUCUUAUUAAGGUUCAUGGAAAAAUUUGGCUUUUGUCAAGGGUGGACUGAAAUGAUUAAAUUUUGCAUAUCAACUGCUUGUUUCUUAAUCUCUGCAAAUGGUUCGUUAUUUGGCUUCUUUAAUGGAACAAAUGGGUUGCGCCAAGGUGAUCCGCUUUCUUCAUCUUUGUUUGUCAUCAUGGCUGAGGCUCUUGGAAGGGCAAUCAAGGCUAGCAGAAGCAGGGGUCUCUGGAGUGGAAUUAAUGUUACCAAUGAAGUCAUCACCCACGCUCAAUUCGUUGAUGACACUACUCUAUUUGACAUGGCCAGUGUCACUGAGGCUGAGCAGAUCAAGCACACAAUAUGUGAAUAUGAGAGGUUGUCUGGGCAAGUGAUGAAUAUGGAGAAGUCCACUAUUUAUUUCUUCAAUACCAAACCAUGUUUGCAGAGGAGAAUGGCAAGAAUAUUGGGAACAUGUAUCGGUGCUCUUCCAACUAAGAAUUUGGAGGCUCCCACCAUUGAUGGUGUAUACAGAUCUCGAAAUUAG